AUGGAGCGCUUCGAGAAGAUCAGGACGGUGGGGCGCGGGGCGCAGGGGAGCGUGAUUCUGGUGCGAAGGAAGCAGGACGGAAGUCUGUUUGUCAUCAAACGCCUUUUCGUGGACGAGAGGCCGGAGUCGGACCGCACUGACGUGAUGAACGAAAUUAUUGUCCUGUCCCAGCUGCAUCACCCGAACAUCGUGGCAUACUACGGUUCCUUCAUCGAGGACGGCGUGCUGAACGUGGUGAUGGAAUACGCGGACAACGGGUCGCUCUCCGACCACAUUACGAAGGCCUCGAAGAUGUUCGCGGAGGACACUGUUGUGUCUUUCUUCGCGCAGCUGCUCCUGGCGAUCAACCACCUGCACCAGCGCAAAAUCCUCCACCGCGACAUCAAGACGAAGAACAUCUUCGUCACCAGGCGCAUGCAGGUCAAGCUCGGCGACUUCGGCCUCUCGAAGGUCCUCGACACCACCGCCGGCUUCGCGCAGUCCGCCGUCGGCACGCCGUACUACCUCUCCCCCGAGCUGUGUCAGGGCCGGCCUUACAACUACAAGUCCGACAUCUGGGCGCUCGGCUGCGUGAUGUACGAGAUGGCGACCUUCCGCCACGCGUUCGACGCCACGUCGCUCCCCGCGCUCGUCAUGGCCAUCGUCAGGGGGGAGUAUUCGCCCAUCGAGCCCCAGUACAGCACCGCGCUGCAGGAUGCCAUCAACCGGUGCCUCCGCAAGGACCCCGAGGACCGCGCGUCGGUCGAGGACCUCCUGCAGCUCCCGCUCCUCCAGCCGCACCUCCAGCGGUGCGCCGCGUCCAACAAGGCGUACAUCUCGGAGAUGGCAAAGGUGGAGCGGCCGCUGUUCACGUCCGGGCAGGUCGAGACGCCGCUGACGAACAUCCGCGAGGGGUGGCAGGCGCAGCAGCAGCGGGCGACGAAGGAGGACGAAGAGAAGGCCAUCCUGAAGGUGCUGGAGGACGUGGAGGGGGACGAGGGGCAGCUGGCGCAGGUGAUCUCGGAGCUCCGGGCCGCGACGGCGCCCGUGGACCGGAUCCAGGGCCGCAUGCCGGUGUACUGCUGCUUCACGGGCGCGGCACUGUGCGACGCGCUGCUGACGCGGCUGCAGCUGGGGUCGCGCUCGCUGGCGUUGAUCGUCGGGCAGCGGUGGCUCGAGUCCGGGCUGUUCUACCACGUGGCGCGCGGGGAGAAGUUCCUGGACUCGGACGACGCGCUGUACCGGUUUCGGCAGGACGAGGUCGGCGCGAUCAUCAACCUGAAGAGCCUGUACGCGGGGGGGCCUACGUCGCCCGCGGAGGCCGAGGCGGCGGUGCGGCAGCGGCUGGUCGCGAUCAUCGCGGGCUACACGUCCUCGAACGGCGAGCUGCUCGACUACGAGGGCCUCGCGCUGAGCGAGGAGUUCAAGCAGUGGACCGACACGGCGGCCAGCCUGCAGCGCGUGGACCCCGCGGCGCUGCCGUCGACGCCGGCGAAGAUCGCGAUGUUCAUCAACCUGUACAACAUGCUCGUCGUGCACGGGUUCCUCGUGAUCGGCCCGCCGUCCGGCCCGGCGCAGCGCGCGCACUUCGAGGCCCACACCAGCUACACGAUCGGCGGGUCCAUCUACAGCCUCGCGGACAUCUACCACGGCGUGCUGCGCGGGAACCGCCGGCCGCACGCGCAGCUGCGGUGCCCGUUCACGCCGUCGGACCCCCGCUUGCAGGGCGCGGUCCUGGUGUGGGACCCGCGGAUACACUUUGUGCUCAACCACGGGACGAGGAGCGGGGCGCGGCUGGCGGCGUACGAGCCGUCGCGGCUCGAGGAGCAGCUCGACGAGCAAACGAGGAUCUGCCUGACGAACAUCGUCACCGUCGAGGAGUCGGUCGACGGCCGCGUGGAGGUGACGCUGCCGACAGUGAUGCAGUGGUACCCUGGGGACUUCGGCGAGACCGAGGCGCAGCGCCUCCUCUGGGUCGCCCGCUUCCUGCCCGCCGCGCGCGCGUCCGCGAUCCGCUCUGCGGUCUCCGAGGGCUCCAAGAAUGCCGUGGUGAAGUUCCUGCCCCCGAACUGGCACAUCAACAAGCUCGUGCGUCCCGCACCGCCCCCGAUCCGCGGCAUGCCCCGCGGUGGCCGCGGCGCGCCCCAGCCGCUGCCCGGGGGCCCUGGUGGCUUUGCAGCGUACAACAGCAGCUCCUCCGGCGCGCCGUCGCCGGCAGGGCCGCCGCCGCGCGGGCCGCGCCGCACGAGGGACGCGAACGACAUCGCGGACCGCAUGGCGGCGGUGUCCGUCGGCGAGUCGGUCGAGAGCGGCGCGGCGAGCCCUGCGGUCGUGGGACGGCCGCGCACGCCGUCGGAGGCGAACGUGGGGGGCACAGAGCCAUCGCGGAUACUCACGCGGCUGCGGCAGUCGUCGGGGAUUCCGUCGGUGACGUCGCAGCGGACGAGCACGGGGGAUCCGCUGGACGACAUCAUUGCUCGCGGUUUCGUCGAGUAG